GCCUCUGAGCUGAGCUUGGGCGGGCUGCCUGCCUGCCUGCCUGCCCGCCCGCGCUACCCGCUGCUCCAGUCCAGAGCCCAAGCCAAGCCUUGCGCGGUGCGCGCACCAGUUGGCCGUGUCAGUUCAACUACCACCAACCCCUGCGCUUUAAUGCGGGAGCACCAUCAAUUCACUCUCACUCACUCGCCACGCACCGCUCGCUGCGCUGCAACCUCUGCUCCUUUUACCACCGGUCCGCCACCACCUUCCCUGCGCUGCUAGAGCCUUCCUGGCGGCGGCGGCGGCGGCGUGGAUCGAUAUGGGCGCCGCGGCGCGGUCGGCAUUGGCGUCCGCCGGCCGUGCGGCGAACGAGGCCGUGAGCUUCGUGGUGUUCCUGCUGCUGGACGCGCUGGAGGCGCUGCUGUGCGUGGCGUACAGGGUGGCGGACUACGUGGCGGAGGGCGCGUGGCGGCCCUGCUACUGCGCGCGCCCGUCCCCGGCGUCGUCGUCGGGCCCCGCAGGUGGGAAGAUCGUCGUGUCGGAGCGGGGAGGCUCCAAGGUGGUCAGCAUGCUGUCCGCCACCAGGCUGCACCUCGAGGACAUCUCCGACACGCUGUACGCGCGCCGCCGCUCCGUGCUCGCGGUCGCGGGGGCGGCGUUUUCCUCCCCGCGGCGCGCGGCGGCGGGGGUCACCGUGCACUCCGCCCCCAUCGUGCAGAUGAUGCUGCGGGGCAAGGCCGGCGGAGACGGCAGCAACAAGUACCCGUCGCCGCGCUGGUCCGACUGCCACUGCGCCAACUGCAACCCGGCGGACACGGGCCGCCUCUUCGUGCACGUCGAGGCGCCACCAGCUGGCGACGGCGGCGUGGCGACGGAGGAGGACGUGCUGUUCAUCCACGGCUUCAUCUCGUCGUCGGGGUUCUGGACCCAGACGGUGCUCCCGCACGUGAGCCCCGAGGCGCGGUCCCGGCGGCGGCUGUUCGCCGUGGACCUCCUGGGGUUCGGCCGCAGCCCCAAGCCGGCGGACUCGCUGUACACGCUGCGGGAGCACGUGGAGAUGAUCGAGCGGUCCGUGAUCGAGCGCCACGGGGUCAAGUCCUUCCACAUCGUGGCGCACUCGCUGGGCUCCAUCCUCGCGCUCGCGCUCGCCGUCAGGUACCCCGCCGCGGUCAAGUCCCUCACGCUCGUCGCGCCGCCGUACUUCCCGGUGCCGCGCGGGGAGGUCGGCACGCAGUACGUGCUGCGGACGGUGGCGCCGCGGCGGGUGUGGCCGGCCAUCGCGUUCGGCGCCUCCGUGGCCUGCUGGUACGAGCACCUCAGCCGCACCGUCAGCAUCGUGCUCUGCAAGCACCACCGCCUCUGGGAGCUCGCCUUCCGCGUCUUCACCCUCUACAGGGUACGGACGUACCUGAUGGACGGCUUCUUCUGCCACACGCACAUCGCGUCGUGGCACACCCUCCACAACAUCAUCUGCGGCAGCGCGGGCAAGAUCGACGGGUGGCUCGAGGUGGUCAGGGACCAGCUCGCCUGCGACGUCACCGUCUACCACGGCAGCGACGACGAGCUCCUCCCCGUGCAGUGCAGCCACGCGGUCAAGGCCAAGGUCCCGCGCGCCCAGGUCAGGGUCAUCGACGGCAAGGACCACGUCACCAUCGUCGUCGGACGCCAGAAGGACCUGGCCAGGGAGCUGGAGGAGAUAUGGGACAGGAGACGGUGAGGUUGCUGGGUGGGUGGUUUAUAGGAUGAACGAAGCCACAGCCUGCAAAAGGAUGUGUCUUAUUACGAAAGAAGAAAAUGGGUGCCAACACGCGACAACGAGUUUCCUAAUGGAGGCUACAGGAACGAAAUAUAAGGGCAAAAGGGUUCGAGAGAGAGAGAGAUGUGAAGAGUACUUAAUUACAUUUACCCUUUUUUUAUGUCUUGGACUUGUUCUCAGGUUUUCAUAUUGAAGGCCGAGAAAAUUUCUUGCCCGGCCUGUGUGUAAUUAUGAUAUAAAUGAUUAGUCGUUUCAGACUUUCAGUUGUAAUCCCUGAACAGAAUGUGACAUGAACCGGUUUGUGGAGCUUGUACCUUUUUUCUUC